AUGUCCGCAAUGUUCAGCCAGAAUCCGUUAAUGAACGGACCAAACUACUCCUUCAACCAGGCUCCUGCGACCGCAUCAGGUGGUAACAAACAACAUGGCUUCUAUCCCUACACAGACAACGGCGGCUCUACUCUCGCAAUCUCUGGCGCAGACUUCACAAUCAUGGCAGGCGACACCCGCUCGACGUCUGGCUACAAUAUUAACACUCGAUACGCACCUAAGGUCUUCAAGAUCGGCGGAACAACCUCUUCCCAAGACGACGCUACGUUGGUUCUCUCUGUCGUUGGGUUUGCCGCGGAUGGAGAAGCACUGAAGGAGCGCCUAGAUGCAGUUGUGAAGAUGUACAGAUACCAACACGGCAAGCCCAUGAGCGUCAAGGCCUGCGCGCAACGUCUAUCUACUAUCCUGUACGGAAAGCGGUUCUUCCCAUACUACGUCACUGCGAUUCUGGGUGGCCUGGAUGAGGAGGGAAGAGGGGCGGUGUACUCCUACGACCCAGUGGGCUCUUACGAGCGGGAGCAAUGCAGAGCAGCAGGUGCAGCGGCCAGUCUGAUCAUGCCUUUCUUGGACAACCAAGUCAACUUCAAGAAUCAGUACAUCCCAGGGAGUGGAAUUGGCCAUGCGCUGCAGGAGAGAGAGAAGCUGCCCUUACCGAGAAGCGAGGUGGAGGAUCUGGUCAAGGAUGCGUUUGACAGUGCCGUGGAGAGACAUAUUGAGGUCGGUGACGGUCUACAGAUGUUGAUUGUUACGAAGAACGGAAUCGAGGAGAUUUACAAGCCGCUUAAGAAGGAUUAG